GUCAAAUGAGGAGUUAAGGGGGGCUUGAGGAAAUACUGGUAAUCCCAGAAAAGGCAUGGCACGUCCAGUUCUCCAAGUUUUUGUAAAAGAAGAGUGGGAAAGCGCCACCAUCCCGACUCUUAAACCGAGGAAUCGUCGAGUCUCCCAGCCCCACCCCUGCAGCAGUGAUGCAAAGAAGACAAUCACCGACGUAGAGAGGAGGGAAAAAAAAAGAAGAAGAAGAAGAAACCCCCGGGAGUGGGGAGGAGAGAGGGGAGAGAAUAGGCCCGGAGCAGUCUCCAAUCACUGGGACGAGAGGGAGCGCCUUCUGGGAAAACGAACCCCACAUAAAUAAUUGAGUUUGGAGCCCAGUGCUUUCAGAGGCUCGGAGCGCACCUCCUGAGCGUCUUCCGAGUUGAGAAAAAGGCGGAGCAGGGCAAGGGGCCGGCGACGGGACCGAGAGCAGCUCAGUUGGCGGUGGGACGCUGUGCCUGCAGACGUUCGCAAGAGGGCCAGCAGAGCCCAGCGAGCCCCGAAGGCAAGGAGCCCUCGCCAGCGGAGGUGGGAAGAGAGCUGGCCUCCUGAGGAGACGCUGCAUGGGCACCAUGCGUAUCUCCGGAGGCCCCACCGCGGUGCCCGCGGACAACUCCAGCCAGUGGUGGCCUCUGUCCGCUGGUGGUGCCAACCGCAGCCGGGAAGCGGAGGCGCUCGGGGAAGGCCGCAGCCCACCGGGGGACGUGCGCGACGAGGAGCUGGCCAAGGUGGAGAUCGCCGUGCUGGCUGUGACUUUCGUGGUGGCCGUGCUAGGUAACAGCAGUGUGUUGGUGGCGCUGCACCGCACGCCUCGCAAGACGUCCCGCAUGCACCUCUUCAUCCGUCACCUCAGCCUAGCCGAUCUGGCUGUCGCUUUCUUCCAGAUGCUGCCGCAGAUGUGCUGGGAUAUCACCUACCGUUUCCGCGGACCCGACGUACUGUGCCGCGUGGUGAAGCAUCUGCAGGUGUUUGGCAUGUUCGUAUCGCCCUACAUGCUGGUGGUCAUGACCGCCGACCGCUACAUUGCCGUGUGCCACCCGCUGAAGACGCUGCAACAGCCAACGCGCCGCUCGCGCCUCAUGAUCGCUGCUGCCUGGGUGCUGAGCUUCGUGCUUAGCACGCCUCAGUACUUCGUCUUCUCCAUGGUCGAGGUGGACAACGUCACCAAGACCAUUGACUGCUGGGCCACCUUCAUCCAGCCCUGGGGUCCCCGCGCCUAUGUGACUUGGAUGACGGGUGGCAUCUUCGUGGCGCCCGUGGUCAUCCUGGGCACCUGCUACGGCUUCAUCUGCUACCACAUCUGGAGCAAUGUCCGCGGAAAGACGGCUUUGCGCCCGGGGAAGCGCGCGGAGGGCGCGGGUCGCGCCUUGCAUAAGGGGUUCCUGCUCGCGCCAUGUAUCAGCAGCGUGAAAGCCAUUUCCCGUGCCAAGAUCCGCACCGUGAAGAUGACUUUUGUGAUCGUGACAGUUUACAUCGUUUGCUGGGCGCCCUUCUUCAUCCUCCAGAUGUGGUCUGUCUGGGAUGACAAACUUGUCUGGGUCGCUGCUUCUUCUGACAUGGGACCACCUACCCUGCAGGGUUACUGUGAGGAUAAAGUGAUAGAAGCAUGUGAGACACCUGAUUCACCCAACACAGGUGCCCAGCAAAUGUCAGUUCACUUCAUUGCCAACAAAUGUGGAAUGAUGCCCUUCUCUCCCUAUAAAGAAUAG